UCCUCUGCUGACACGCGCAUAUACACAGCGACUCGUCUCCAUUUUUGUUGUCAAUAUUUUGGAAAUCGGAUUGUGUUCUUACAUCGGCUGUCUUACAUCCUGCCUUUUUCGAGUGAUUCCGGUGGUUUCCCUGCAGGCAGAUCACCCCAGGCAGUCACGAUGGCCACCCUAUCCUUGCGUAUCUACAUCCCGGAGAAAAACGCCACGAAGACGAUGCAAUUCGACCCGAGCACAUCCGUUUACGACGCUUGCCGUAUUAUCAGGGAGAAGCUCGUCGAAGCGAGCAACAUGGGCCAACCCAAGGACUACGGACUAUUCCUUGCCGACGAGGACGUCAAGAAAGGAGUCUGGCUGGAGCCAGGACGGAAUCUCGAUUAUUACAUUCUGAGGAACAGCGAUCUUCUCGAGUACCGGCGCAAACUGCGGACCCUCAGAGUGCGCAUGCUGGAUGGAACGCUGAAGACACUGCUAGUGGAUGAUAGUCAACCCGUCGCCAAUCUCAUGGUAGUAAUUUGCACGAAGAUAGGCAUCACGAAUCAUGACGAAUACUCGCUGGUGCGGGAGCUGGCCGACGAGGAGACCGAGAAUCAAAAGCCGGGCAAUUUCGGCACCCUCACCCUCAAGAGAAAGAAGGAGGAGAAAGGCGAACGGGACGCGAAGAUGGACCAGCUCAGGAAGAAACUGAAGACCGAUGAUGAAGUGAAUUGGAUAGAUCCCAGUAAGACGUUGCGGGAGCAAGGAAUAGACGAGUCGGAGACGGUGUUGCUGCGGAGGAAGUUUUUCUUCUCGGAUCAAAAUAUCGACAGCCGGGAUCCCGUGCAAUUAUCUCUUUUGUACGUUCAAGCAAGGGAUGCAAUUCUAGACGGCACGCAUCCGGUUACUCAGGAGAAAGCUUGCAUUUUCGCCGGGAUACAAUGUCAGAUACAAUUUGGCGACUACAAGGAGGACAAACACAAACCGGGCUUUCUCGACCUGAAGGAGUUCUUGCCCCAAUCAUACGUGAAGGUAAAGGGUAUCGAGAAGAAGAUCUUCGCGGAGCACAAAAAGCACGCCGCCGUCUCCGAGCUCGACGCCAAAGUCCUUUACACGAAAACGGCAAGGUCGUUGAGCACAUACGGCGUGACGUUCUUCCUGGUAAAAGAAAAGAUGAAAGGCAAGAACAAGCUUGUGCCGCGUUUGCUCGGCGUCACGAAGGACUCCGUGCUGCGACUCGACGAGAAGACGAAAGAGAUCUUGAAGACCUGGCCGCUGACCACUGUCCGACGUUGGGGAGCCUCUCCGAACACGUUCACCCUCGACUUCGGCGAUUAUUCCGACCAAUAUUACAGCGUGCAGACCACCGAGGCCGAGCAGAUUUUACAGCUGAUUUCCGGUUACAUCGACAUCAUCUUGAAGAAGCAGAAGGCCAAGGAUCACUUCGGCAUCGAGGGAGACGAGGGCUCCACUAUGGUUGAGGACAGCGUGUCGCCUCUAAAAGCAACAUUCAUGCAACACGCAACAAGCAACGUCGGCAAAGGAAAUGUAGAAGCUGUAUCAGUGGCUAUACCAGCAGUCAUGAGAGUCGGAGAUGGGGCUCGACCAUAUGAGACUGGGCACAUGGGCGGUGCUCAAUACACGACUGUCAGCGGCCAGGUGAACAUCGCUCACGCUCCACCGAUGGUGCAACAAACCAAGGUCACAUCCGUCCUGUCCGAACCACAACGUGCCUUACUAUCGACUAUCACCGCUGGUCACGAGGUGAUCCAUAUCGCGGAGACUGAGCUGUCCUGCAAGGCAUCGCUGCCCGAGCUCGGGACGGAUCCAGCCUCUUUGAAAUGGAUCGAACAGACCAUAGAUACGCACAAGCAGAAUGUCGGCUCGCAAAUCGCGGCGAUGAACGCCGCGACCGCGCAGGUUGUCACCUUGACUUCCGGUCCGGCCGACGACGUGGAUCACACCGCGGUGGGCGCAGCGAUCACUACAAUCGCGAACAACCUACCCGAGAUGACGAAGGGCGUCCGGAUGAUCGCCGCCCUUAUGGAGGACGACACUUCCGGUGACAGGCUCCUGGACGCCGCCCGCAAACUUUGCUCGGCGUUCUCCGAUUUAUUGAAGGCUACCGAGCCUGAGACCAAAGAGCCUUUCUACAUAACGCCUAUCUACGAUAAAUACCCGAGACAGAGCCUGUUGAACGCAGCAUCUCGCGUGGGCGAGGCUUCGCACCAAGUGUUAACAACCAUUGGAGAAGAGAACGACUCGAACCGGGAGCUGCAAGAUAUGUUGCUUGCCCUGGCAAAGGCGGUAGCUAAUUCAACUGCUGCAUUAGUUUUGAAAGCGAAGAACAUAGCAGCCACUUGCGAAGAUUCAGCCACCCAAAACCGUGUGAUAUCCGCUGCCACACAAUGUGCCCUAGCUACAUCGCAGUUGGUCGCGUGUGCCAAGGUCGUCGCACCUACGCUGCAGUCUCCAGCAUGUCAGACGCAACUGAUGAAUGCCGUUAGGGAAGUGACAAGAGCUGUCGAAGGAUUGGUGGAGGUGUGCAACGAGACCUGCAACGAUGACAAUCUUCUGAAGGAACUGAGCGCAGCAGCAUCUGAAGUCAGUAGGACCUUGAACGACCUGUUGAACCACAUAAAGACAGCCACGAGAGGCGAACGUGCCAAAGAAACAGUACAAGAGGGUGCGGUAGAGACGAUACUGAUAGCGACAGAUAAGUUAUUUGCCAGUACUGGAGACGCUGGAGAAAUGGUCAGGCAAGCAAGAGUGGUUGGUCAAGCAACCGCUCAGUUGAUCCAGAGUAUAAAAGGUGAAGCUGAGAGGCAGACUGACUCUGAGCAGCAGUGUAGACUGCUGGCUGCAGCUAAGAUGCUGGCUGACGCUACUGCAAAGAUGGUUGAAGCUGCUAGACAAUGCGCCAGCAGUCCCCACGACGCUAAGAUGCAAGACCAACUGCGGCAGGCUGCAGAAGAACUCAGAGCAGCGACCACCGCAGCAGCCACUCCGGCUUUGAGAAGGAAAUUAAUCACGAUAUUGGAAGCUUGCGCGAAACAGGCUGCUUCUACCGCUACCCAAUGCAUAGCUGCCGCAGCAGGAGUUGCACAUCACAACACUAACCCGUCUAGUCAGAAGGAAUUAACCACAGAAUGCCAAACCAUGAUGCAGCACAUACCACAUCUAGUAGCAGGCGUGAAAGGUGCCCAAGCACAGCCAGAUAAUCCCACGGCACAAUUGAAUUUAAUCGACGCGUCUGAGCAGUUCCUGCAGCCUGGCAACUCUGUAGUGAAAGCUGCCAGAGCGGUUCUACCAACGGUCACCGACCAGGCCUCGGCGUUGCAGUUGAACAACACCUCUCAGCAGUUGGGUGCUUCCUUGACGGACUUGAGGUCUGCUGUAACUCGUGCCAGAGAAGCUUGUGGCGGUUUGGAGCUGGAUGCUGCUGAGGAAUUGAUCAACAGCCUCAAGGAUGAGUUGGCCGAGUUUUAUAGAGCUGUUGAAGCCGCAUCUCUGAGACCUCUGCCAGAUGAGACAACAGAAUCCACAGCUCUUCGACUAGGCGCCACGUCGAAGAACGUCGGAUUCGCAAUGGCCCGACUUCUAUCCGCUGCUAAGCAAGGAAAUGAGAAUUAUACCGGAAGUGCAGCCAGAGAGACUGCAUCCUCAUUGAAGGACCUGACUUAUGCUGUUCGAGGCGUGGCUGCUACGUCGGAUCAACCUGAAACGCAGAAGAAGGUGUUGAUGACAGCGGACGAUGUUGUCCUGAAGUCCCUGCGUCUUGUCAAAGAGGCGAGGCGAGCCCUGAAAAGUCCUGACAAUCCUGAGAACGAAGCUAACUUGGCUGCCGUCGCUAAAGAUGUGUCGAAUUCUUUGAACAAGUGCGUCUCCUGCUUGCCUGGUCAAAGAGACGUCGACGACGCGAUCAAGAAUAUCGAGGACAUGACGCAGGUGCUCGGCAUGAACGAAUACCCGCAAACCAACAAGAGUUAUGGACAACUACAAUCCGACUUGAACAACGCAGCCGCAAAUCUAAACGACGCUUCCUCGAGUGUAGUCUCAUCUGUGCGCUCUCCAGUGCAGCUAGCGAGCUCCUCGAAACAAUUCACCAACGCUUUUGGAGAUCUGUUAGGUGUUGGAAUGGAAAUGGCAGGUCAAACAACGAUCGACACUCGCAGUCAGAUGGUGGUGUCCUUGAAGAACGUCAGCAUGACAUCGGGCAAGUUGUUGGUGACUGCUAAAACGGUAGCUGCUGACCCCAGUGCACCAAACGCGAAGAACCAGCUAUCUGCUGCUGCCAGAGCAGUGACCGAUUCCAUCAACUAUCUCGUCGACGUCUGUACAUCUGCAGCACCUGGUCAAAACGAAUGCGACAACGCCAUCAGAAAUAUCCAAUCGAUGCGAUCUCUGCUGGACAACCCAAGCGAGCCUAUAUCCGAUGCAUCGUACUUCGAGUGUCUCGAAACGGUUAUGGAGAAGAGUAAGAGUCUGGGCGAUGGAAUGACUGGCAUAGCUAAUCACGCUAAGAAGUCGGAGCACGAGCAGUUCUCUGUGGCUGUUCGAGGAGUAUCUUCAUCUAUCUGUGGCCUGAUCGAAGCAGCAGCUCAAGCAGCAUACCUGGCAGGCGUGAGCGAUCCAAGUUCAGUCGCGGGGAAACCAGGACUCGUAGAUCAGGCUCAGUUCCUGAGAGCCGCGCAAGCCAUCCACACCGGUUGUCAAAGUCUUGGAAACCCAACCAGCACCGAGCAACAGGUCCUGUCAGCUGCUACCAUGAUCGCAAAGUACACGAGCGCGCUAUGCAACGCUUGUCGGGAGGCUUCCAACAAGACCAGCAAUCCGGUCGCUAAGAGACACUUCGUUCAGUCGGCUAAAGACGUUGCCAACUCCACAUCCGCUCUAGUGAAGGAGAUCAAGGCACUCGAUCAGAAUUAUUCCGAAGCUAACAGGGACAAGUGUGGCGAAGCCACAAAACCGCUUCUAGAGGCCGUUGAUAAUCUAUGUACCUUCGCUGGAUCGCCCGAGUUUGCCAGCCAACCUGCAAAGAUUUCCAUCGCUGCUAGAGCUGCUCAAGAACCAAUUACCAGCGCAGGAAAGGCCAUCAUCGAUGGUUCUUGUGCCAUGGUGCGAGCAGCUAAGAGCUUGGCGGUUAGUCCCAAAGAUCCUCCGACUUGGCAGCUCCUAGCCAAUCACAGCAAGAGCGUCAGCGACUCCAUUAAGUCCUUGGUAGCGUCGAUUAGAGACAAAGCGCCGGGACAGAAGGAAUGCGACGCGGCGAUUGUUAAAUUGUCUGCUAGAAUCAGAGAGCUGGACGCUGCUUCGCUCAGCGCGGUAUCACAGGCACUGACACCACGACGAGAGAACACUGUUCAAGGAUUCACGGAUCAGAUGGAAAGCAGUGCGAGCGAGUUGCGGGAAAAACUGGAGCCUCUGCGAACAGCUGCCAAAUACGAGGCUGAGAACGUGGGUCACGCUGUCAGCCAAGUAGCCUUGUAUUGCGAACCGUUAGUCUCCGGAGCCAUCGGUGCUGCCUCGAACAUGGUGCAGUCGAAACAACAAAUGGUGCUACUCGAUCAGACGAAAACUGUCGCUGAAUCUGCGCUGCAACUUGUCUGCGUGACUAAGGAGACUGGCGGUAAUCCGAAGGCCAUUAAACUGCACGCAGAGGUCGACGAAACUGUGGAGUCCACGAAAGACGCGCUGCAAGAAUUACAGAAUACUUUGGAAACCAUUUCUACAUCGAACGGCAUUGUCACUGGACUAAUCGAUACCAUCUCGCGGGCUAUGGUCAGGUUGGAAGAUCAUAGGAUGUCUACCAUUGACACGGUUGAUUCUUAUGUGGAUUAUCAGACCAGGAUGGUGGAGGCUGCUAAGGAGAUUGCACGACUGGCGCAAGAGAUGUCAACAAAGUCGAGCACCGACGUGGCCAGGCUCGGUCCACUCGCAGUGGACAUCUCCCACAAGUACAUGCAAUUGGCUCGCGACACUUCCGGUGCCUCGGCAGCAGCAUCCAACGCUGACGUGUCCGCUAGACUCCGCACAGGUGUGCAAGAACUUGGUCGAGCUUGCGCCGACAUAGUCCGCGCUGCAGGAACUUGUCAGAUAUCGCCUGGCGAUGCUUACGCUCAAAGAGAAGUGGCAGAACAUAGCAAGAACGUGACGGAGAAGGUGUCUCAGGUGUUAGCCGCGUUGCAAGCGGGCUCCCGAGGCACGCAAGCUUGCAUCAACGCGGCCAGCACAGUGUCAGGCAUCAUCGGAGACCUGGACACCACGAUCAUGUUCGCCACUGCUGGAACACUGCACGCGGAGAACGAGGGCGACACCUUUGCCGAUCACAGAGAGAACAUUUUGAAGACGGCCAAAGCUCUGGUGGAGGACACUAAAACGCUCGUCGCUGGCGCAGCCUCCUCGCAAGAACAAUUGGCUGUGGCCGCACAGAAUGCUGUGUCGACGAUUGUCCAGCUCGCCGAAGUUGUGAAAUACGGUGCUGCUAGUUUGGGCAGCCAAAAUCCCGAGGCCCAAGUGAUGCUCAUCAACGCGGUGAAAGACGUAGCCUCUGCCCUCGGUGAUCUCAUACACGCCACCAAAGCUGCCAGUGGCAAGCCCAUCAACGACCCAAGCAUGGCGCACCUGAAGGACUCUGCCAAGGUGAUGGUAACGAACGUAACAUCCUUACUGAAGACGGUGAAGGCCGUGGAGGACGAGCACACGCGCGGCACGAGAGCUCUCGAAUCAACGAUAGAGGCGAUCGCCCAAGAGAUCCGUGCCCUGAACACGCCGGAGACCCAGAAGAUGAACGUGACCCCGGAGGACCUGGUCCGCUGCACCAAGAGUAUCACAAUGUCAACAGGAAAAGCAGUCGCGGCAGGAAACAGCUGCAAGCAAGACGACAUUAUCGCGGCGGCGAACAUGGUGCGCAAGGCCAUCAGCGACAUGUUGACCAUCUGCAAAGGCGCAGCGUACAAUUGCGCUGAGACGGCCGAGCUCAGGGACAGGACUCUCCAGGCUGGCCACGAUGUGGCGAUGAACUACAGGGAACUGCUGCAAGCGAUCCUGCAGAUCGCCUCCAGGUCUGGAGAUGCUAAGCACACUCUGGUGCCGAUAUCGAGGAAGAUCGCUCAGAGCGUGACAGAGCUGGUAGCUGUGGCAGAGUUGCUGAAGGGGAAUGACUGGGUGGACCCUGAUGACCCGACCGUCAUCGCGGAGAACGAGUUGCUGGGUGCUGCCGCUAGUAUUGAUGCUGCUGCCAAGAAGCUGGCUAGUUUGAGACCACGAAGAAGUAUUCAGGAAGCCAACGAAGACAUGAAUUUCGACGAAAUGAUCCUCGAAGCGGCAAAGUCGAUCGCAGCCGCAACAUCGGCCCUCAUCAAAGCAGCGAGCGCGGCGCAGAGAGAGUUGAUAGCAACAGGAAAGGUCUCCAGGACACCUCUGACAAGCUCCGACGACGGCCAAUGGUCCGAAGGCUUGAUAUCUGCCGCGAGAAUGGUCGCAGCCGCGACGCACAGUCUCGUGGAAUCAGCGAACGCGCUGGUCCAAGGCGUCAGUUCCGAGGAAAAGUUAAUCUCCAGCGCGAAGCAGGUCGCCAGCAGCACUGCACAGUUAUUGGUAGCCUGUAAAGUGAAAGCUGAUCCGGAUAGUGAGAGCACCAAGCGUUUGCAAGCAGCUGGAAACGCUGUGAAACGGGCUACCGACAACCUGGUAAGAGCUGCACAGCAAGCCAUCCAACAGGAAGAGGACCGAUCGUUGAUCCUGAACCGCAGAAUGGUCGGUGGCAUCGCUCAGGAGAUAAACGCGAGGUCGGAAGUGCUGCGUAUCGAGCGAGAACUGGAAGAAGCCAGAGGUAGACUGACAGCUAUUCGCCAGGCUAAGUACAAGAACCGACCGGACUUGGCCGACACCGACAACGAGGGCGAGCAGAGUGGCUACGAGAGCUAUACUACGAAGUACGAGACCAGGGCAUACGAUGCUCAGUCGCAAAUGAACCACAACUUGGACCAGCUGCAAUCAGCGACGCACAGCAUCAGCCAGCUCUCUGUCGACAGGCAAAACUUGGUCAGCCCCGAGAAGGUUCACUCUACUCAGAGCACUUUAGAGCGAAAGAUGAAGGACAGUCAAUAUCGAUCAGCUAUGGAGAGUCAGUAUGGGUCGGUGGAGAAAAAGUUCAGCGAGAAUCAGUAUGACAGAAGGUACACCCAAGAAAGUCCCUACUCUAUCGACAAGAAGUUUAUCGCUGAGAGUAGCCCAGGCCAGUUUAGCUCAAUCGAGAGGAAGAUCAAUCAGGAGAGCUACGGCUCUAUGGAGAGAAAACACAUGGAGGGUCCGUACCCACCUGUGCCUACCAUGACGUAUGCCCAAGUGUCACCCACGCGCAAGGUCUUCCAAGAGCAACAGCAACACGUUUAUGAUAAGUAUUCCCAGGAUCUCUAUUCUAACGACGAUCGGUCUUAUGAGCAAAAAUCAUACUCGCCAAGCCAAGAGCACAAGUAUUACACCGAUACCGUGGACAGAUUCUCAAGUCAUAGUCCAUUGAGCACCUUCCGGUCGGAUAAACACGAGCCACAACGUUUCAGUGGCCUUCCCCAAAACCAGACCUUCAAGAACGUCGAGACCAAGGUGGUUCCUGGUAGCAGAAUAGAAACUAUCACGACCAAGGUGUAUUCGUCAAUGCCUGGAAAGACCUCCACCAGCUCGAACUUCGAAUCCACGGAGGAAACUAAAGAGUACGCAACUUCCGGCAACGAGUUGUCCACGUUCAAGGCUGUCGAUAACGAUUCGCUCGAGGAACGCAUGCUGAAGCAGUCGAGGACGCACAAAGUCACCGAGAAGAAGACGGUCACUAUGACGACGUCCAGCAGGCAGGAGUCGAACACGAAGACCUUUCGAUUCGAGGAGAAAUAAUUAGGAUCAGAGAUGACAGAACAAGCAUCUCGAAAUGGAUUGCUCUAGAUUAGGUAUAGUGUUCUUCCUCACGCUAAAGUAGCAUGGAGACUGCGUCAGCUUGGCUCUUCGAUGCACAAAUGAGCUAAUAUGUUUGCGAUUAGGUUCUUUGUAAUAUUGUGUACAAGGGGGACAAAUUUUCCCCAAACGAAAUGUAAUUGUUAUUACGCAUUUGAUAUGACCAGCUGCGGUUAUCCGGCGAUGUCGAUUUCAACGAAUAGUUUGAGGUGUUUCAUUCAGCAUUUGAACAUCGAUCGUUGAUAUUCUUUCUUGUUUGUACGAUAGAUGAGACCGAGCACUGUAAAGCUGCGUCUCCACUGAAGCAAAUACGAGUUAUUUUCAUGUUCUAAAAUAUUAUUAAGAAAUACUAACUCGAAACAAUUUUGUCCACUCUAAAACAACGUAUAAAGGCUGGAUUUUUUAGAAGAUUUUCUUCUUGCAACUAGAGGCAGAGAGAAACAGAAAGUUUUUGCACAACUGAGCAAUCGAAUCUUUCAUUUUUCUCUCCACGAGCCUUCUACUGAAUCUUUGCAUUUAUCACUUUCGCCUGAAAUAUAUCUAUUUCUGCUGUCAUAUGUUUCAAAAUGUACUUCAGUUUUCUUUUAUUGGCCCUGCUUCGAAUAGAAACAGACAACACGGAAAUGGCAAUAUUUUCUCAAGAAACAUAAAACAUCAAGAGAAGUUUCUCAUUGUUGCUUCAGUGUAAGCAGGAUUUAGAGUUGCUGACUAUUCUCAUUCUAAACGCAUGGUCGUAUCAUGCCAGAAUUUUUAUGUAGUUUUUAACAAGAAACAACGGCCAAAGAUUGACAGCGAUACCUAAUUCGAUCUACUUUGCCGAUGCAGAGAGGAUUAGCUAACAGUGGAUGAAGUUUCGAAUUUUUCAAGUUAAGUAUGAAUUGGGUGCUGAUAAAUUUUGUAAUCGACACUGUCCGCGCUUAGAGAACGAUAGUAAUAUCAAUUUCUAAGAUCUUGAAGAUAGUAAAGAAUUUUUAGAGAUAUAAUAUGACCUUGACAGGUAGAACUAUAGUCACUUAGCACACAACGAUAUGGACCCUAUUGUCGUGACUUAGUGAUGGGUUUGACUGCUUGGGAACUGUGAGAAGUCAAUUAAUUUCCAGUUUCAAAUUGAACAGUUAAAAACGUCCUACUCCCAUAACAGAAGUGAUCGUUUUUUACUACUUUACAUGUUUUGUAUUUGCUGCUAGACAAUCAAUAAUACAGAUUAAGAGAUGAAAGCAAAUCACGUUUACUACCAAACCUCGUGUAAUAUAAUUGAUACUGAAAAACAAAGUAAACAUAGCUGAAGUGUAAAACUCUGAAUGCAAUAAUUUGACGGGUAGGAUUGUUAUGUUCAUUGGAAACUUAUGGAAUAAUGUUACUUUGAGUCACGUGUAAUACGUCAAUUAUAUUGAUUCAUUUCAAAUGCAUUAGAAUCAGAGAUGGGCAUAAUUUAAAAAUAUAAUUAUUAAGUUGCUAUGAUAUGCAAACAAAUGAAAUGUUACUGUAAAUAGCGAACGAAACCUCAGACAAACAUAAUCUUCAUCAUCUAGCUUACUCGUUUCUGGAUACAAAAUCGAUCAAGCAAAGCUGAUCUUUUAUUUUUAAUUAUAUAGAAAUAUAUAAUAUUUUAAAAAAUUCUUUUUAGUUAUAUUUCAUAAUAAAGCUUAGCUAUUUUCAGCAGCCUUGCAAUGAAGUACUAUUUUAACAACUUUUAACACUAAAUGAAAUAUUUUAUAUCCAUCGUACUAUGGAAAAUUUUAGAUAAAAAUUGUCUACUUGCCGUUUAAUAUUUAAAAUACUGUUUCACACAUCUCUGGUUAAAAUACAUUUGCAGAGAAGUAACCACGGACUCCAAGUAUCGCAGAAGGUGCCGUUUCGUAAAGGACCAUCCAAUUGUAAACUUGAGAGACUUUAAUUAUAAAAAUAAUUUAUUACUUGGCUGCGGAUCUUUAUGUAAAAUGAAAAUUUUUAUGACAAUUCUAACAAAUACAAUUGAACAACCUUUUUAAAUCUUUUGAUAACUUCGGUACAAUCUUGUAUUUUAUUCACUAACUCUUGUCAUACGUGCAUAAAAUCCGCAGUUUAUUUAUUACACUUAACAAACUGUUCUCGUACUUUGCUAAUAUUACAAUGGAUCAUCCAUGACUGUAUUACUCACCUGGAUGACAUUGUCUCGACAUGCCAUUGCAAGAAUGUGUUUGCAACAGAGCUUUUGCUAAGGAGAAUCGAAUUCUUCCCCAAAGUUCUUCUUAGCUGUUGAAACCUCGGUCAGAACAACAUUUAAGAUGUUUUGUAACAGAUCCUGGAGAAGCUGGAUUGCCAUAAAAGCAGAUAAAACCGCGAACUCUCUUGACAAUAAAUCAAGGGGUGAAGUAAAUGGCAUGAAAUCCGCUAAAAACAGGUACUGAAAUCUCAAACUCGAAAGUAGUAAAAAGUUACGUCCGCAUCGUAAAUCUAAUUUAACACUAGAUCUACGGAACUCACUCCAGUAGCGAGUUUCAAAUGUUUUAAUUUAUGAUUACGGCAGUUGCAUUUGUGGGAAAUUAUUUUAUAAAUUUCUUUCUUUCGAUUCUCGUUAUGAUAUAAGUUGUGCAAAAUCUAGACAAAUAUAAUUAUUUUUAUAAAAUGAUAUAAAACGGUCAUCUUUAUAGUGGUCCGUACUUCUAGUGUUAAAUUUAGUCUCUAACAACGCCUUCGUAUGAUAAUCUUCGUAACCGAACGAUAGAGAAGUGUCCUUAGAUAGUAAUAUGUGCUUUCGAAGCUAGCCUUUCUAAGAAUAAUUAUCUGCCCGAUGCAAUGGACAAUAACCGUCCGAAGAAGAAACGAAUUCGAAGCACUUUUGCAUUGUCGAAUUGUAUAAUAUUUAUUUAAGAUACUAAGCGAAAUUUAAGGAAAUAGUAAGCCUUGUGUAACAUGUUGAAAAUUAAAUGGUCGUUUGACAUUUCUUUUUUGAUAUCUCAAAGAUUAGUUCCUUACUAAUAAAGUAAUAAUAAAAUUUUAGUGACGAAAAAUGAUUGAAACUCCGGUAACUGACAAUCUAAAAUAAUAUUGCCUUUUUAUAGUUUUAUGUGGUACUUGCUCAAUCUCUUUUCAAUGACAGUCAUGCACAAUUAUAGAUGCUUGAAAAUAGUACCGAUUUUAAUUUAUACAAAAUGUGCGAGGAUGUAUGUAAAGUUUUAAAAAAUCAGGUGAACUUUGGAAUUAUCUUGCAAAUCUCAAAGCAGUGGUUUUUAAUAAAACACUUUUAAACAUUCAUGUAAUUGAAACUAUAUUAAUUUUUAAUCAUUAUUAUAUGGAAUUUAUCGUGAAAUUCGAUGAUAGCACUAUCGUGUUAAAACAUUUGUGUAAAUUCCAUUUGUUCACAUGUUACACGAGACCUUACUCCAAAGCCUUCCAAUGCUAAUUCAAUUUUUAUACGAUCUAAAAUCGGGUAAAUAAACAAGUGUAUGUGUGUAUGUUCAAUAGUAUUUUAUACCAAAAUCUAAAAAUACCGACACGAAAUGGAUAAAUACUUUGAUUCCAAACUUGUAUAAACAUUUUUAUUGAAACUUUAUAAAAUUAUGGCUGAUGACAUAAACUUCUUUGAAGAAUGGAACUGCGUGAAUAGAACAUACUUCAUUAAUUACGCAAAAAUAUAAAUGAACAGAUAAAACCAUAAUUCAAAUAUGAUAUCCAUUGCUUUUUACAAAAGAAUGUCGACUUUCUCAUCCAACAGAAUCACUAACUUCACAUUAAAAAGUCGCAAUCGGUUCCGUCCAGUCAUUUCUGAAAAAUCAUUUUGUAAAAUCACUUUUUAUACCAUAAAAUUUAUACUGCAAAAUUCUAUCUAUAUAUAUAUUUAAGUAAUUUAUAUUCUUGAAAUUCUUUAGAAUGAUCACAGUUGAUUAGUGACCAAGUGUUUCUCUUAUACAACAGAACGAAUGUUCCAUUAAGAAUACUUCAUUACUAUAAUAUACUAUUAAGCGUACACAUAAUGCCCAUUUCCAGUUAGAGAUACAACCCACAUAAGAAACUUUAUUAACAAUUUUGACAUGAAACAUGAAAGUGAGGAAUUACUGUACAUAACAAUGUUUCUACAAAGAAGACGACCUUAUCUAAAAGCUUUUCUAUGAUUGUAUAAUUUUUAAUACUACUUCUAAGCUAUUACUAGGAAAGAAAUUUUUACAAGAAUUCGACGAGUAAGGAAUACAAUCGCCUGCCUGUUCACGGCUAAAACGAAAUGCCUUUGUAAAAAUGAAAUAAUAGCUGAUGCCACCUCGUUGUUGUACGAUAGGGGACUAUCGAGAACCGCAGACAAGCCACGCCCGUUUUAAUUUAGUUCUAAUUUAUCGUAAUUUUAAGUUGGAAAACCACGGAUUAACAAGAGAAGCAACAUAUCAUUUAAUUUUAUUAACUUUCCGAGUUACCGUGCGGCGUCGAGCCACGGUUUCUACACCCUUCCCCUCCCACGAUUAACAUUUUCCGUUUUCGGAAUUAACAUUAAUAUUUAAGUCUUUCUUUGUUCUGAAGGUUAUCAGUUUGCUUGAAUCUGUGCCCUCUCUCACCUGUAAUAUGUCUCUCAGCUCCCUGCUGUUGCAUGAUUUUCAUUUCCUUUUAAGGCGAUUAUCUGGUCUAGAAUAUCUUGGAUUUUGAGAUUUUUAAAAAGCAAUCUGAAGAUUGUUUUUCAUUGAUUCUUUGCAUAUGUAUUUGCUUUUAUUUGGAGUGUACAAUACAUUAUUUUAAACUAGAUAAUUUAAAAGCAGUAUUUCUUUGAACAAAAAGGCUUUUUAAGAAGUGUUUUAAUUAUUUUUUUAAAAGAAAUUUGGAAUUUUUCUGUAUUGGUUGUUUGUACAUAUAUUUGCUAUUAUUAGGAGUAUACAAAUGCAUCUUUUCAUACCAAAAUAUCUAAAACUAGGAGCUGCACUUAGAACAAGAAGUUCUUUUAAAAAAGAGGUGACCUAAUAGCUGACAUAAUUGCUGUUGCCUUGAUAAUUUGAAAUACAAAGAAUGAAGGAACUAUUUAUUACGAUGAAUGUGGUUAAUGACCAAAAUGUAUAAAAUAAUUUCAUUAUUAAGAACAAAUGACAGACCUUGCAAUUGAAGUUUCGUUCUUAAUAACAAAAAAUUGAGGAAAGUUGAUAUUUAUUGAAGAUGUUGGUUCAGACAAAACUAAAGUCAUCUGCAGCGAUGGUUUUGAAUACAUGUACUCGAAGAAAAUACAACAAAAGAUUAUUUCGAAAUUCUAGACCAGACUACUCCCUGGUACGGCGGUGGCUCGUUUUCGAUGACUUCGUUGUCGAUUCGUCGACUAUAUCCAGUCAGGACUGUCCAAUUCGACAGACAAGAAAGUCAAACACGAAAAAAGAUUUUAUACAAAAAUUAUGUGCGCUUGUUUUUAGAAACGUUUAUACAUUCGGUAUACAUUUGUUUAUACAUUAAAGAUUUAUACGUUUAUACAUUUAUAAAUUUACAAAAGUUAUUUGCGAUUCUAAAUUGAACGUUACACUCGACAAAAUUUGAUGCUUGUUUAUAUUUUAUUGUUUAAAUGGAGAAAAAUGAAUAGACUGUAGAUCUCUCUAUAAAUUUACAAUUUUAUAAAAACUAAAACGAAAGAAAAAUUUCUUAUAGUAAAAGUAAAAAUACGAAUAUUAUUAAUUCUGUUCGACGGUCGGCAUUUUAGAUGGAAAAUUUAAUUAUUUAUUGUUCGAUUACCAAUUGAGUUCGAAUUUCUGAGCAGACGGAUAGUGACAAAAGGAUCUCUUACCGAGCUUUAUUAAAGAUUGGAGGAACGUGAAUGUAUAAAAAAAGAACUGUAUUUUCAGAAAGUUGCGAUAGGACAGUGUUGGACAGACCUGUCCCGAGUGAUGAAUUAGUGCAAUUAUUGUUAGCGUCUCGAGGGUAGAUAAAGUGUUGUAAAUAGGUGUUAAAUAAUCCACGCGACGGAUUUGGCGAAUUAAGAGGAAAUACGUUUACGGAAACAGAAAGAAAAUAAAGGAUGAAAAGUGCCUAAGUAUAAUGAGCUGCCGCUUUUUUAUAUGCUCGUAGAGAACGUAGGUGAUUUUCUUUUUUUAAUAUUACCAAAAAUCGAAUGCUUUAUUAAUGUCCGGUAACGCGCGAUAAUGAAAUCGAAAAGAAAAUCCGGCAAUCCCUGAGCGUGAAGGAGAUCGUCCCGACAAAUCGAAGAAAAAACAAAUUGAUUAUGAAACUUUUCCAGAGUGAUGCAUAUUUAUAUAUGGUGGUGCUCAAAAAAAAGUUUAAAGCCAGUGUUCUCUAAUUGACACUUUCUUUUAUUGCAUUCACAUUGAUUAGUUUUUGUCAUGCAGGUAAAAACAGUGAAUAUUCAAUGUUUUGCAUUAAAAUUCAAGCCUUGAACGACGGCGUGUCUGAGUCCAUUUUGACCCAGCAUGUUGCCAAUAUCGUUCAACAAUGAAACCCUUAAUCAUUCAUUUAACAUUAAACCUAUCAGAGUCAAACUAACGGUUUCUCAUUUUACAAUUAUGAAAAUUAUGAAGACCCUUUUUUGGGAAAUGGUUGGAUCAAUUAUGUGCUAUCUUCUCAGUUGUAUGAGACGAUACAUGCCACGAUCACGUUUACUGCCCGGUAGGUUUAGUGAUAAAUUAAACGGAAAUCGAAGAUUCUAGAUCAAGUACUCUUAAAAAUGUGUUCGAACAAUUUUAUAAACAACUGCCGAAAUGCAGCUAAGCCUUGUCACCUGUGCAAUCGUGAAAGAUCUUCGCUCUUCGAUCUUUCCCAUUUUCGUAUACAGGGUGUUCCACAACUCCCGUUCCAUCCGGUGAGGAGCGAUCGCUGAGGGAAUUUUGAAGAAACUUUUUUCUCA